AUGGAUGUUUCUAGUUUUGACAAAUUUAUGAUACUUCUCUGGAAGAAUUUUACUUUAAAGAAGCGGCAUUUCAUUGUUGUAGCUACAGAAAUCUUCUUAGUAUUUUUAAUUGCAGGCACAGUUUGGCUAGUACGUAAAUCCAGUGAUGUAAAGGAGUAUGGACCUUUCAUGUAUGGUUCUUUAGACAUCGACAUUUUGCCUGAGGAGUUGAGACGAAGGAAUCCCUUUGGAAAUUGGGAAUUGGCUUUUGUGCCUUCCACUAGUCAAGUGGUGACAAAUGUUGUUGAAAAUAUGAAAGAUUACUUAGACUACAAUUUUAAAGUUAAAGGGUUUGCUUCAGAAGAGUCUCUUGAAAAAUAUAUUUUGGAAGAUAAUAACCAUGAAAAAGUGCUUGCUGCUAUAGUUUUCGACCACAAGUUCCAAAAAAACAAUGAUUCCCUGCCACUAGAGAUAAAGUGUUUUCUGCGUUUUAGUACUUUUCAAAGAAACAAGGAGAUGGACUUUAUUCGAAUUGGAAGCUGGAAAACAAGUUCUCUUUAUUUGGAUUCUGCACAGCCAGGACCCAGAUACGUUUCCUCUGUAUUCGGAGGACCCCCAGGAUACUUCUCUGAAGGGUUCUUGGCUGUACAACACGCCUUGGCUAGCUCCAUCAGAAAGGAAUUUCCCUCUCAUAGACUAACUGCUGUGUUGAGGUACAAGAAGCUCAACGUGAUGUCUGAGAGAUUUCCAUACAGAAAGUAUACUCAUGAUUAUUUCUUUCAACAUGCUCAUAUUUUUAUACCUUUAGUAAUACUAUUUAUCUUCGCUAUAAAUGAGCUUACUCUCAUUAAAUCCAUCGUGUGGGAAAAGCAAAACCGAUUGAAGGAGUACCAGCUCUUGAUUGGACUCAGUAAUUGGAUGCUCUGGGCUGCCUAUUUUGUUACAUACCUUGCUUUUUACCUCAUUGACAUUUUUGUGAUUUGUAUAAUUUUCUGUUAUAAGCUUAAACCGAAGGCAAUCUUCCAAUACAGUGAUCCAUCUCUGAUCUUUGUCUUUUUGCUGUGUUUUGCCUUUUCUACAAUAUUCUUCAGCUUCAUGGUUAGCACAUUCUUCAAUAGAGUAUAUUUUGCUGUCAGUCUUGGAGGUUUCAUUUGCAUGGCCUUCUACUUUCCAUCUUCUUUUGUCAUUGCAAAAUUGGGAGAGAUGUCAUUCUUACAGAGGCUUAUUUCCUGUCUCAGCUCAAAUACCGCAAUGGCAGUGGGAGUGAGCUUCCUAAUCAGGGCAGAAAAACAUGAAAUCGGACUUAAAUGGAGUAACGUCUUCGAACCAAUCAAAAUUGAGGGGUUUCAUUUUGGCCAUAUACUAGGAAUGUUGUUAUUUGAUGGUUUCUUGUAUGGCAUUGUGGCCUGGUAUGUAGAAGCUGUUUUUCCAGGAGAGUACGGUGUGCCUAAACCUUGGUACUUUUUUGUAAAGUACUCUUACUGGUGCGGAGAAUAUUCAAAGGCGAGCACGGAGAGAAGCCAACAUGAAGAUACAACCCCAAAUCAGUGUUUUGAAAACGAGCCUACUGAUUUGACAGCAGGAAUACAAAUAAAAAAUUUGUGGAAGGAAUUUACUUCACGUAAUACAGUCAAAGUAGCUGUACAAAACUUAAAUUUGAAUUUAUAUGAGGGGCAGAUUACUGUUCUCCUAGGAAACAAUGGGGCAGGAAAAUCCACUACUCUCUCCAUUCUCACAGGUUUCUAUCCUGCUACCAGUGGAGAGGCCUAUGUUAAUGGGUAUAAUGUCUCAGAACAGAUAGUUGAAAUCCGAAAAAGCUUGGGCUUAUGUCCCCAGCAGAACUUAUUAUUUAAUCAUAUGACAGUAUCAGAACAACUUUAUUUCUAUUGUGUGUUAAAAGGAGUACCUAAAAGUAUAAGAUAUGUGGAAAUUGACCAAAUGCUUACUACCUUCCACCUCCUAGAAAAGAGUGAUGAGUGUGCAGAAUUGCUGAGUGGUGGAAUGAAACGCAAGGUCUCUAUCAUUAUAGCACUUAUAGGUGGUUCGAAGGUGGUGAUACUUGAUGAACCAACAUCUGGUAUGGACCCAGCCUCAAGGAGGUCCACCUGGGAUCUCCUUCAGCAUCAUAAAAAGGAUAGGACCAUGUUAUUGACCACUCACUACAUGGAUGAAGCUGAUGCCCUGGGUGACCGCAUUGCCAUCAUGGUCAAUGGGUCCUUGCGGUGCUGUGGAUCUCCUAUGUUCCUGAAAAAUUUAUUUGGUGUGGGGUACCACCUUGUCAUGGAGAAGGAACCACACUGUAAUGUUGAAAAAGUUUCCGAUUUGAUUCAUGACCGUAUACCAGCAGCCACCUUGGAGAGUAAUGCAAAAAAUGAGUUGUCUUUUAUUCUACCCAAACAACAGAGCCACAGUUUUAAAGAGCUUUUUACUAAUCUGGAAAGUAGAGGGGACGAACUCGGCAUAACUGGCUUUGGUGCCUACAUCACUACCAUGGAAGAAGUCUUCUUAAGGGUCAAUAACUCAGAAGAUUUUAAAUCUUUUCUCAAAGUUUCUCGGUCUCAAGCUUCUUCUGUAAUAAGCAAAGCCUCGAGCAAAGCCGUAAUCAGUAAUGAAAAUAUGAAUGCAUCCGGAAGUGAGAUUGCAGAUACUCCCACCACAAAUGAAAGUUCUGAUACUAGCUUUAACACUGGCCAUUCCCUCUUGUGCCAGCAGUUUAUGGCUAUGCUCUUAAAGAAGGUGAUGUUCAAUUUGCGCCACUGGAAACUGCUUUUGAUACAGAUAUUGGCAAUUCUGGGUUCCCCUUUCCUUCUCUUGGAGACUGAAAAAUUUGCAAAGCUGGAUGUAGAUACACAUAUCAGAGAAUUGAAUCUGAAACAGUAUGGUAAAACCAUCGUGCCUUUGUCUCUCACCGGGAAAUUUAACUUUACUCUAUUUGUUGAGGCACUUGAGACAAUUCUUCAGCCUGACAACCACAAGCUUGUAUUGGUACAAGGUAACCUACAAUCAUACUUGUCAGAGAAUAUAGAUUGCAUUCACGCUUGCGUUGCUGCAGUUGCCAUAAAUGCAACACGUACAACACUAGAAGUGACUUCUCUGUUCAACGCUGAAGCAAUCCAUUCAUCUGCGGUGUCUCUGGCAUUGGUAGAAAACGUCAUUUUGCACAUAAAUUCUUAUACUUCCUUGAGAGUUUUCAAUAAACCUCAGCCAUACAUUCAUGAAAAAGCAGACAUUGCAACGGCAGAUGGACUUCAUGUGGCCAUAAAUAUACAUUUUGGUAUGGCUCUUUUGAUGAGCGGUUUUUGUCUCCUGUCCGUGAGUGAGAGAAGCUCUAAAGCAAAGCACAUACAGUUUAUGAGCGGAGUCCCUGUCCUUGUGUACUGGUUUUCUUCUUUUCUGUGGGAUGCGAUCAUUUUCAUCCUGAUCAUCUGCAUGUUGUUGGGAGUGUUCAAGUACUGCCGAGUGAACAUAUAUAUCAGUGAUUACCGCUUUCUGGACACAAUGCUGAUCUUCAUUUUAUAUGGCUGGUCUUCCAUUCCCCUCAUGUACUUGAUGGGCUUCCUCUAUCAACGGCCUGGUACUGCCUAUGCCAUGCUUUCUGUAUUUAAUUACAUUUCUGGCAUUUUCACUCUCCUCGUAGAUCAUACAUUUCAAUACGAUAUUCAACGUGCCAUAUCAAAUUCCACCAUAAACUUUUUGCGUAAUGCAGUAGUAAUCUUUCCCAAUUUCAACCUUGGGAACUGCUUGGUUAGCUAUUUUGCUUUCUACCGCCGUAGAAUACUGUGCGCUGCACAGAAUCCUUCUGCCAAAUUAAAUUGUGAAGAAUUAAGUGACCAGAGUAGUGUUUUUUCCUUGCAUGAAAAAAUGAUUGGAAUGUCCCUGAUCAGAAUGGUUAUUAUAGGUUUUAUUUGCCUUUUCUUGAUCAUCUUUGUGGAAACUACUUUCUGGAAAAUAAGAACAUUUUUCAAUAAACAACUUUUAUUUGGCGUAUAUAAAGCAUACAAGAAGGAAUCCGUGGGAUUAGAGGAAGAAGAUGAAGAUGUUAAAAACGAAAGAAUUAGAAUCCUGACAGAGACACCAGAAUCGCUAGAUUCAGCAAUAAUUGUAAAGGAACUCACAAAGAUCUAUUUUAAGUAUCCAGUUGUUAUGGCCUUGAAAAAUAUCUCCUUCUCAGUUCAAAAAGGGGAAUGCUUUGGAUUGUUAGGAUAUACUGGAGCUGGAAAAACAAGUCUAUUUCAAAUCCUGACAGAGGAAGAGACUGUUACCUCUGGGGAGGUGUUUAUUGACGGCUCUAACCUCACUGAAAAUAUUCAACAGAUGAAGUCAAAAAUUGGCUAUUGCCCUCAAUUUGAUGCCUUGCUGGAGUAUAUGACUGCUCGGGAAAUGUUGGUCAUGUUUGCCAGACUGUGGGGAAUACCUGAGAGCAAAAUCAGUCAGCAUGUGAAAGUAAGCUUGAAUUCCCUACAACUGGAACCCUACGCUGACAAAAUUAUAAAAACAUAUAGUGGAGGAAACAAACGUAGGCUGAGUGCUGCUAUUGCUCUAGUUGGAAACCCCUCAGUCAUUUUGAUGGAUGAGCCAUCAACUUGUAUGGAUCCAUUAGCCAGACACCUGCUCUGGGAUAUUUUGACAGCAAAACGUAAAAAUGACAAGACCAUUAUGAUAUCUUCCCACAGUAUGGAGGAAUGUGAUGCCAUCUGUACUAAACUGGCCAUCUUGGUGAAAGGGAGGAUUGUGUGCUUGGGCAGCCCUCAGCAUCUCAAGGGCAAGUUUGGCAACAUUUACGUACUGAAGGUGAAGGUCAAGAGUGAGGCACGUGACCAGAUGAUGGAAGAGUUUAAAGAUUUCAUUGAGACAACAUUUCCAGGUAGUGAAUUAAAGCAGGAAACUCAGGGGAUACUUAACUACUUCAUUCCCAAGGAGGACACGAGCUGGGGACAGCUCUUUGAAACUUUGGAGGAAGUUAAAGACCAAUACAGUUUAGAAGACUAUUCUAUCAGUCAGAUGACACUAGAGCAGAUAUUCCUGAACUUUGCUGUGCCAGAGGAGAUACCUGAUGAGAGGGAAAGAAGAAUUAGUGUGGCUUGGUAA